UUAGUGUUGGGUCGAUCAAGAGCUAGUAUAUCGACAAGCAAUGGAGGAAAAGAGUUAUCAUUAUUUAGUUCUGUUCAUAGGACUGUUACUUUGCCUGUUACACAGUGGCGAGGUAUCAUCGAGCUGCGAUAACAUCAAUCAGAUUGAUUUUGCGGAAAUCACCUAUGAACCGGAGGGUUUAGCACCCCACCCUGACGGGACUGUUGCGAGUAUUGAGUGUGGUGUCUUUUAUCAGAUCGUGCCCACGGCUUUUGAGAGAACAACAUGCACCGAUGGAUCGUGGACAGGACCGUUGCCCCGAUGCAGACAUGUUCCGAGAUAUUGUCAACGUAAUGAAGCCUUGGUCCAGAUCUACGGACAGGAUUGUCAGACCCCAUGCAGGAAUCGUCUCAAUGGGGCUUGUCCCAGAAACAAGCAAUGUCACUGCGAUGGGGUGUGUGGAUGGAGUUGUAUUUCAAUUUACGAGGAGAAUUUUUGCCCGGAAGUGACUGACCAAGCAGGUCUUUUGGUGACCUACGACCCCCCUGAACGGCGAUUCAAUGGAUACGCUGAUUUAUCUUGUGGUGAUGGCUACGUUUAUCAUUCUGGGAGCAGCAGGCUACUGUGUAUGAGCAACAGACAGUGGAGUGGAGGAAACGAUUUUGUGUGCAUCCCAAAUGAGGUAUCAUCGAGCUGCGAUAACAUCAAUCAGAUUGAUUUUGCGGAAAUCACCUAUGAGCCGGAGGGUUUAGCACCCCAUCCUGACGGGACUGUUGCGAGUAUUGAGUGUGGUGUCUUUUAUCAGAUCGUGCCCACGGCUUUUGAGAGAACAACAUGCACCGAUGGAUCAUGGACAGGACCGUUGCCCCAAUGCAGACAUGUUCCGAGAUAUUGUCAACGUAAUGAAGCCUUGGUCCAGAUCUACGGACGGGAUUGUCAGACCCAAUGCAGGAAUCGUCUGAAGGGGGCUUGUCCCGAAAACAAGCAAUGUCACUGCGAUGGGAGGUGUGGAUGGAGUUGUAUUUCAAUUUACGAGGACCAUUUCUGCCCAGAAGUGGCUGAUCAAGCAGGUCUUUUGGUGACCUACGACCCCCCUGAACGGCGAUUCAAUGGAUACGCCAAUUUCUCUUGUGGUGAUGGCUACAUUUAUCAUUCCGGGAGCAGCAGGCUACUGUGUAUGAGCAACAGACAGUGGGGAGGAGGAAACGAUUUUGUGUGCAUCCCAAAUGAUAACCAGAAUCCUGUGAUCACAUGCCCAGCUGACCUCACCUCCGAUACACUCACUGUAUCAUUCACAGUGAAUGUCACAGACAAUGUUGACCCUACACCAGCGUUGACCUAUGAUCCUCUAGGGCCAGGUUCUAUUUUUCCUCUGGGUCCAACGACAGUCACUGUCACAGCCAUAGACAGUUCCUCGAACCAAGACUCAUGCACAUUUACUGUUACGGUGAUAGCUCCGUGUGAAGUGAGGUGGUCCAGUGAUGUGGCGUUGAACAUUACAUAUGAUCCACCCGUCUCUGAUGAAGAUCGCUCCAGCCACCCUAUUCCACAUGACACCAGAGUACAUUAUGACUGUGCAUGGGGCUAUCGCCUGCAAGGGGUGACUGAGUCAAGAUGCGAGCAAGGAAGAUAUAACAAUAAUAUCCCCAGAUGCGAGCUAGUAAGGAUGUGUUCCUGGCCUGGAUACAUUUCUCACGUUGUCCAGUAUGUGAACGGACUAGAGACGAACAGACUUGAUUUUUACCCUCAUGAUGAGCUUCCUGAAGGGACCUUUCUAGUGUCUCGUUGCUCACUCCCUGGACAGUAUGUGUUGCAUGGUAGUGCAAAUAGAACCUGUUCUGAGAGCAGCUGGACAGGAGAGGAACCAAGCUGUGUUAAUGCAGACACCAGGAUCGUCUUUCAAAGCAACCAGCCCCUUGACGUCAGGAGUAAUGGAACAAUCGUCAUUCAUCCACGCAGUCAGUUCUACAUUUAUUGUCACGUGCCUUCCUAUCACGUAGCAAGACUUGAAUCAGAAAAUGGACCGUUUGCUGUUUAUCGGGGCCUAAAAACAAUGGUAAUGAGUCUAAACCCACCACGGACGACACAUUCAGGGCAUUUCACUUGCCGGUCUAAUGACUAUACUCUUUCUCACACUGUCUAUGUUCAGUUUGCUGAGAUAUAUUGUGACCGUCCUACGGCACCAUCCAAUGGUGAAAUCCAAGACUUUGACUACGGUUGGAGACAUGGACAAUAUUACAUGGGCAAAGUGAUCUCAUUUGCUUGUAACGAUGGCUACAUUCUUGAUGGCAGAAGGACAAUGACCUGCGUGUUUGGGGAGUGGUCACAUCCUACUCCAAGAUGCCAAAGAGCGACAUGCGAAGAACUACAUCCCCCACCCCAUGGAACCAAGAUAGGAGGGAACAGAAUAGGUGAAUCUGUGCUCAUAGGGUGCAACCAGGGAUAUCAGUUACAAGGAGAGCAUUUCUUGGAUUGUCAGGAAAGUGGAGAAUGGUCCCAUCCUCUACCUGCUUGCGUUGAGCCAGUACCCCAGCCACCUCCCCAACCUGAUGAAUUCAGCGGCGAAAGCGACUGGCCAUGAUAAUGAUCCAGAGGAGCAAAUUUUGUUAGUUUCAUCUGAUCCAGACAUCAUUCCUACCAUGGCCCGCACCAACACAGACAGCGUUUAUUCGGCGCUUUCAUCAGAAUCCUCUUGGGAUGAGACAGCUUAAAUCUCGUCUACGAUCGAGUCUGUCAAUGUGGGGAAGCCCCAGUGGUAUCACUUCAUAUUCAAAGGUGUCGCACAUGAUGGUUGGCGGAGUCGAUAACGACCCCCUAUUUUGCAAACUCUCAAAAACAUUUUCCACAAAAUGUUACCCCCGUUUGCGCGAAAACCAUGACAAAACAAGGUUUUAAUAUAUUCCUAUUAAGGCGUUUCAAGUACAUGUACACAUUCACACCAAGAACUCUAAAACAUUGUACAUACGGUAUGCAUUCAUGUUGGCAAACAUAGUGCAAAGGUGACUAUUUUUCAUAAAUUUCUUGCACUUUCAAAAAGGCAUAUUUUUAUAUCCAAACCCAAAACGAAAAAAAGAACAUGCCUGUUUAUAUAUUAAAAUCCGUGAAAUUCGCUUAAAAUUGUCCAUUUCUUAAAUUACACCAGUACAUACAGUUGGCAUGAAGUGAUAUCACUGGAGCAGAAGAAUUUAUGUUGUUUGAAAAUGACAUCUGUUGGUGCUUUACGGCUUUAUGGGGUAGUUUUAUGGAAUCAUGUUUACUUUUAUGUCAGCAACAGGUACAGUAUUUUAGUGUUACAACAAUUUGAAAUCACGCCAAGUGAACACUUUUCAUUGGUGUUUUGCAGAGGUAUCUCUGAACUAUUGGUGAACAGUCAGCUUGUCCUAGUUAAGAUCUGUUAUGAAACAUAUGAUGAUUAAUUAACAUACCUAGCUAUCACUAACAUAAAAAAUGGAAGGGAUUUUCAAAAUACUAUUUGACUUAUUACAUUAGCAUAUUGACAAUGUUACAAUUUGUUCACCAUACAUCUGUUCUGAGAGAAUUUAUGAGCACACAUUGUUGGGUAUAAAAUGUUGUAUGUCCACGAUAAAGGCUUGUUCGGAUAUAGUGCUGUAAACCGUUACACAAAAGCCGCCACAUACGUUUUUUAAUGUAUACAUAAAAGGCAACUGCGCUGAACUAAGGACUUCGCGUAUUCACUAGGAUAUGUGUUGCAAGAUACAGAAAUGUGUAGUGUACUACACGUGACGUUGUCAUAAAGAAUCACUGGGGUUAUGCCGGGCCAUGUCUGAACAAACCUUGAAGGGAAAUUUCUGGAAAUUUUUUUAAUCAAUUUUGUACAUUCCAAGUAUAAAUUGUUUUUAAAUUCAAUCAAAGAGAGAGAGAGAGAGAGAGAGCUAGAGUUGUUUCAAAAAUUUGAUUCUGACUAUGAAUAAAUUGGCAUAGGAAUUGAUAAGGGUAUGGAAAAGUUUGUAACAGUAAUAAAAAGAUGGUGCUGAAGAAUUUUGUCUAGUUGUCAUCGUCUUUAGAAACUUUGUAGGUAUCGAAUAUAGUGAUGCAUGUAUAUAACCAUGAAAGAGGAAAUCUAUUAAAAAUAUGAACAUUCUAAUUAUAUCUAGUUCGUAAUGCAACAAAUUAAGAAAAGUAAAAGUCCUUGACACAUUUUUAUGCAGAUUCUAGUAUUAUGGUGAUUUCUAAUAACCUGUUUGCUUGUUUUUGUUUGUUUAUAUAGUAUCUUGAGAAGAAAGUCUUUUAUUUUGGAUGAAUACAUGUCAUGUAGUUACUUUUAGAAUUUGCUGGGGAAAAGCUAAUGAUUUUUUUUCUCAAUUUGCUUGAAUGAUAUAUAGGAAAACUGUGAGCAAAAUGAAAAUGUUAAGGUAACCCUGCCCCCGGCUCCCCACCCCCCCUCCCACCCUCCCACUUUUCGCUAAUAACUCCCCUGUCUUUUGAGCAGUUCUUUUGGACAAAAAUGUCAUGAAUUGCAGUAUAGAAAUGAUGUAUCUUUAUAUUUUUCUUGGUAAUCUUGGUCCUUUGGACUGAUACCCUGUUGCUGUUUAUAAAAUGUUUGGAUGGAGGGUGGGGGUUGGGUAAAUGUGGGGUAUACAGGUGUACCAGACCCCCAUUGUCGGGCCUUAAAAUGUGCAUGUACUGUAUUUUGUAAAAUUGUAGGUGAACGCAGUGUACAGAAUACUUUGUCAUCAUCUUAUGUUUUCUUAUAGUUGAAAAAAGGAAAUAUAUACAUGAGUUAUUUGGCUAUGCACGUGUAUUUUUUGCUUAUUUUUCGUCACAUAAUUAAUGUACAUGUAUUUGCUCUAGGCGACUCUGUCAUUGAAUUUUUGUAUAAAUAAAACUUUAUCAAGGUCUAUAAUGCAAAA